AUGCGCAAUAUCCCAGUUCCCAAAGUAGGAAACUCCAUUCCGAGAAACGAAGACGAAGGAUGUAAGGAGAGAGAGAGAGAGCGUCAAGAAGUUCAUCGAGGUUAUGAAGGAGCACAAGAGCAGCCAGGGGAGAUAGGUUUAUCUUCUCUCCCCGACCUUGAUGUGCUGCCCUGUUUCACAAGAGGCAGGAUGUGGACACCGAUAAGCCGAUGGUUCUCUCAUGCUCUAUCUUCCCUCUUCAUAAUCUCGGCACCAAUAGCACAGAGAGCACGGACCGAAGUAGUAAACCGGGUAACCGCCCGGGAAUGUGUAAACAAUAUCUUGGCAGAGAUAGCGACUGUUGCACCAAUCCUCAGCCAAACAAUGAUAAAUGUAUUUUUGAAUACACUAAUGUAA